UUGGGCCAAGGCCUUAGUGUAUGUAGGCUAAACAGCCCAAGGAAGGAUUCGUAACAGGAGAAGACCACGCUUUUCCCCCCUCUUGCUAUUGCAUUACUUGACAUAAGACGCAGACGAGAGUAGUAUCAAACCAAUAAAUAAUGGCUUUGUAUGCAAGAAGCACAAUUACAGUAGCAAUAUCUCGCGCUUUAAACACUUUCACUUCACCCUUCUUACCUCCUUCAUCAUCUACAUCCAUUUCCAAAUACCCUUACAACUUUCAACGCCAUUUCACCUCCACCAACAAAAACAUCGACACCAAGCUCAAUUUCUCUCUUUCCGAUUCCGAUUCCGAUUCCGAUGACGAAAAUACCCGAAAAGAACUCCACAACAAUAAGAAACUACCACCGCCUUACGACCCAUUCAGCAAGAAGCCAGCAAUAGAAGAACCAAAAAACCCCAAAGACUUACAAGAGAUUUUCCACAAUAUGAGAAGCGGUGACGGUUUAUUCAACCAUGCAAUCAAGAUGUUCGACGCUUUGUCCAAACAGGGUUUAACCCACGAAGCAUUGGAGCUUUUCGGUCAGAUCAAAGAUAACGGUCAGAUGCCCGAUGUGGUGGCCCAUACUGCCAUCCUCGAAGCUUAUGCCAAUGCUGGUCAACCAAAGGAAGCUCUCAAAGCUUACAUUCGCAUGCUUGCUUCUGGGGUUUCUCCUAAUGCUUAUACCUACGCUGUUCUCGUUAGGGGACUUGUUGUUGAUGCGAAGUUUAUGAGGGAUGCGAAAAAGUAUCUUUUGGAAAUGAUGGAGAAAGGGAUUAGACCUAAUGCUGAGACAUAUGCUGCAGUGUUUGAGGGAUUGGUUAGGGAAGAGAAGAUGGAUGAGGCUGUGCAGUUGCUGGAACAAAUGAAGGCUAAGGGGUUUGUUCCUGAUGAGAAGGAUGUUAGGGAAGUUCUAAGCAAUAAAAGGGGUCCUAUUUUUAGAACUGUCAUAAACAUUCUUUUUGGCAAAUAGCUAUCACAGUGAAAAUGUCUGUGAUUAUGUGUAACGUUACUGGUUUGGAACAUGUAAUUUUGUUGCGUCUUGUUUGUGUUUUUGUUUCAUGACUAGUGAUAUCAUUCUCACUAUGAUCUUACAAUAUGUUUAAUAAAUUUAUUUUGUUAAAAAAAUUGUUGUAAAAA